CAUACAUCCACCAUUCAUCAUUCGCGGUGCGGCACUGUUUCUUGAUUUGAAAAUAUUGAAUAACGGUCUUCCCUUUUUUGUAUGUCUUAUUCACGAAUAUUGAAGUUUACUUAAUACCUAUUACCUUUUAUUUGUAUAUUGUUUUUUUUCUGUUACUGUUUGGAUUAAUUAUUUAUUUUCGUAUCCUCCCGAAUACCGUAUUGUAAUCGAAGCUCAUCUCUAAGUACUACGGACACGAUUCCUAAUAAUUCGACGUGACGGUGUAUGUUUUUUUAUUUUAUUUAGUUUACAAAUCGUUUUUACAUUCAUCACUUAAUCACUUACACACAAUUACCCAACACUUGUCAUGGCUACGAAAAAUAAAUUUCGAAGACUUUCAAAAGAAAAUCGAAUUCCUAUUGGAAAAAAGAAAGAAAAUUUAGAUAAAAUUGGAAAAAAUGAAGAACUAGACUUGGUAAUAAAUGCAACAAUUUCGAAAAAAAAAAAUGUUAACACUAAAAAAAAAUCUAAUGAAUCUAAACCUUUAAAAGUCAUCAAUCUCAAUGUUACACCUACUGACACGUCACUAACAAAACCCAAUAAGAAACCACGAGCAAUACUAAGUACAAUUAAAGAAUUAGAAGAAAAAGCAUUAAAAUCGAUGAUUAUCAAUAAUACUAAACCAAAUACGGUUAAUAUUUUAAUAAAUGAUACACCUAUUAAAGAUAUAGAAAAUUUAGAAAAGUCAACAGAAGUGAUAGAUAACCUACAAGAAAAUAUUGAUAUAGAAGAUUUUAAUAACACAAUCAAUGAAAUGAAAGUUCAACAAACUCCAGAUAUUGUUUUAAGUCCUUAUGUUUGUACAACACGUGGUCAGAAGUGGAAACCAAGUCCUCGUAAACCUCCAAAAAUUUCUGAGCUUAUUGUGAAAUAUGAAGAAGAUAAUGUUGCUGAUGUUUACAAAAAAAAAUUGGAUGUCAAAACUAAUGACCUACAAAAUAAAGUAAAAUAUUGGGUUGAAUUAGCCUCAGAAAAUAAUGAUAUUCCACAAUCUGUUAAAGAUGAAAUAGAUGUUGUUUGUGGACAAACAAAACUUUUAACAACUGAUAAAUUUAUGCAAAUGCGUUCAUUGGUUGAAGAAUUUGAUAGUAAUUCAGGAUCAAUGCCUAUAACAACAAGUGAUUUAGAUGGUUUUUGGGAUAUGCUAUUGUUACAAGUUGAAAAAUUAGAAGGUCAAUUUAACCAACUUGCUAUAUUAAAAGAAAAUAAUUGGGUUCCACUUGAACCAAUUGCUAAAAAAGUAAUUAAUAAAGUAUCCAAAAUUAAUAGACGUCCAAUGGUUAAAUCUAAAAUUGGUGAUUUUCUUAAAAAUCAAAAGUCAAAUUUUAAGAACUUAACUCCUAACAAUAAAAAUGUUGGUAGUAAAAAUGCUUUAAAACACUCAAAGUUUAAUGAAUUUAAAUCAUCUAAUAACAAUUGUCUUAUUUCUAGUACACCAAGUUCUUCAAAUGAAAAAACUGUUCGUUUUACUCCAGUGUUAUUGAAAACUUUAGAGUUAUCAUUUGUUGCUCGUAGAUCAGGUAUGUCACCCAUAUGUUUAGUCGAGCCUCAUGUAUCUCCAUUAAAACCAGCAUUAAAAAAUGGAACCAAUAAAAAGCAAGAAAAAGGCAUAAACAGUAAAAAUAUACAUUUUGAAUCUCCUAAAGUAAUCUCUGAUGGAUUUAUUACACCUGAAAACUCGAACAGUGAAAAUCAUAAUCGCAUACAAGAUAGAGUUAAUACACCUCAUACUAUAAAAACAACAUCCAAAGGAAAAGAUAAUAAAAUUUAUGUUGAAUCUAAUGUCAAUUCUACUAAGUCUUCAAAUAUUAAAAAUACUAAAAAUAAUGUCAAAACUAAUAAGAUGACAACUGUAGUAGAGAAGUUGUCUGGAACUCAAGAAAGCCAACAAUCAAUAAGACGCUCUUCAAGACUAGCUACUAAGCCCUCCAUAAAUUACAAAAUUUAAUGUACUUAUAAUUACUAUUAUUAUUAUUAUUUUAAUUAAAUUUUUUAUUUAUUAAGCUAACAAAAUGUAUAAUUUAAAACAACUUUACCGGUGUGUAAAACUUUUUUAUUAUAAUAUAUGACUGUAUAGAUAUAAUGGCAAAAUCAGAAUGAUUAAUUUUUGUUUGUUAAAUGUUUUAUUGAUUUUUUUCAAACAUUUUUCAAGCAAAUUGUAAAAAUCAACUUUUUACUAAAAAUAUACUUUACCUCAUUGAUUUUUUGACAUUA